UUUGUCUUCAAACUGCUUCUCCCUCCAUCUCUUGUCUACGUUGCACCCUCGUUUGCUUUUGAGACUUGAUAGUAAUCGAUCAUGGGUUACACUCUUUGCGUGCUAGGAUGCGGUACGAUGGGUAUUGCCAUCACAUCUGGUGUACUUGCUAGUUUGGAGUCUCGCAAUCCGUUACACGGGAACAUCCAUGCAAAAUGGGAAUCACAUACCUCGGGGACAUCUACCCCAGUAGUCGGUCCCGAUCUUGAUCAUUCCCUGCCCUCUCGAUUUAUCGCCUGCGUAAAACGGGAGGAGACGGCGAGGAAGCUUCAAAGGACUUUCGCAGAAUUGCCUGGGCUUUCUGGUCAUACUGUCGAGGUCGUCGCAGACCAGAAUGUCAGCUCAGUUCAACAAGCGGACGUCGUUCUGUUGUGUUGUAAACCCCAGAUGGCAUACCUCAUUCUUCAAGAAGAAGGCAUUAAGGAGGCCCUCGAAGGGAAGCUGUUGAUCAGUAUCCUCGCAGGUGUCACCAUCCCCCAACUCUCCAAUUGGGUUCUGCCCAGCACAAAAGUCAUUCGCGCAAUGCCAAAUACCCCGUGCAAGAUUCGGGAAGGCAUGACCGUCGUGUCGACGCUCCCUCAAUCGGACUCUGUAGAGCUCGACCGUGCCAUCAUCCUCAAGAUCUUCUCUUCCAUAGGCCGCUGCCGUUUCCUUGAUGAAAAACACUUCGACGCGUGCACUGCGGUCUCUGGUUCAGGACCUGCCUUCGCAUGCUUAUUCUUAGAGGCCAUGGCUGACGGAGGUGUGAUGAUGGGCUUGCCAAGAGCAGAGGCUCUCGAACUUGCCGCACAAACCCUUCAAGGUGCGGCUAGGAUGGCGCUGCAACCGGGAGCUCACCCCGCUCAGAUCAAGGAUGCCGUGACCACUCCAGGCGGAUGUACUAUCGCUGGCCUGCUUACUCUUGAGGAUGGGAAGGUGCGGUCAACGAUUGCACGAGCAAUUCAGGUAGCAACAGAGCGAGCUAGUGAGCUCGGACAGCCUGCCAAAUAACUCGGCGGUUCAUACUUCUGUCCUCGAUAAUAAGGGAAGGAAUCGCCAAAUAAACAGUGGCAUACCAAAUGGUUGUAACAUCCACAUUCAGUGCCAUACGCCACAAGCGAACGGUUUGUAUCUGUCCUCUUUGGCGUCGGUAAACAUACACUUCGGAGCUCUGUUGCGCUAUCUGUACUUGGAGCAAUCUUUCGUUCUCAGCUCUGUUACCUCUCCCGCUCCGCCUUAGAUGUGCUAUGGUCGCACGAGUCUGAUAAUGUUCCUCAAACGCUCAUUACAGCUUACUUUAGCUGCCCCGCAGUACUGAGCACCUUAUUUAGCUGGAACGCUAUCGGCCCCGAUUCUCACUCACGCUGUUGCGCUCACAAAAUCAUCGAUAACGUAGGGCGCGGGCUUCAUAUUACCUAACCUCGAAUGCUAGCGGUGGGCUACAUCAAUACUGAAUCAGAGUUCUCCUCUUCGUCUCUGCAUUCCGGAGGCAAACAUGUGACUUACCAUAACCGAACUCCAAAGGCUCGCAUCCCAACUCGCAUUUGUAUAAGGUGACAUCCACAGGUGAGUAUUGACCUCGCCUGUGGAUGUGUGGUAUGGUAUCACUGUCUCUGAUCCAGUCACAACGAUAGUCAUCUAUUAAUGCUUCGCUAUCCUGUGUCUUGUCACAUACGCUGUCUACGAUCCGACAAAUCAGAUCUUUUCCGGGCUGGCAUCUGCAGCUCAGGUAUGUAUUGAUGUGCUAUAACUUUCGAUUACAGUGCGCCCUUCGAUGUGGGUCCUUCAUCGAGCAAAUGGCUAUCUACCUGAUCAUAUAUCGCUUGGCUGAGGGUCGAGCGUGGCGCAAGGAUCAUAUAGGAUACCCUCAAAACAAGGCAAUAUGCCCCCAAGUCAAUUGUUCC